UUCAAGAUUCACUUUUUUCACUAGAAAUUAAGGAUUGAUAUCGUUUAUUUGUAUAAUAACCUAAAGGUAUUCUAAAAAAAUCAACGACUUGUUAUCGUGAAGCCUUCGUUUAUGCUCAACUGCAACGAUAAACUGCUGAAAACCAAAAUUUAUGCAGAAAACAAGUCAAACAACAAGGAAAUUAUGGAUGGCAACUCAAUUGUCAAGUGAAAUUUUUCAUUUUCGGGGAAGUUUGAUGUUUUAGAAUGUUUUCUUAAACGUAAAGGAAUGUCAUCAUUAUUCAAACCAAAAUAUUCGCAACCAGAUAUCAACCUGCAGCCAUAGCGGAUAUGAAAAUGUUCAAGGGUUAAAUGGUCUAAAUCACAAAAUAAAGCAUAGACCAUCAGCAAUAGAAAUCAGUAAGUUCUAAAAUGGAGCGUUCAGGAAUUGUUGAAUCGAAAGCGGAUGUUGUGAGUGCUGAACCUGAACAAGCGGAAGCCCAAUGCGAACGUGAAAAUAUUUUGAUUAAGCAACAAACAGCUACAAAUUCCAAGCAACAAUGUCGUGACAAUUACACUCACAAAUGUCCAAAGUGUGAUAAAAAAUUCGCUAACAGACCUAAUCUACGGCAACACAUGUUAUGCCACAUCAAGGAGCUACCCCACAAGUGCACGAUCUGUGACAAAGGGUUUAAAACUACCACUCUACUAAAGUAUCACUCACGUAUUCACACUGGAGAUAUGCUGAAGUGUGAAGUAUGUGGCAAAGAAUUUACCAGGACAGCCAUGUGGAAUCGUCACAUGGCGGAGCACCGUGAAGCCUUGAACACGUGCAAAAUCUGUGGGUCUAAAUAUACUCACAAACCACGUCUGCGUAAACACAUGGCGCAGAUACACGGAAUCACGGAGAUUGAUGAUGAUGAUUAUAACAGCGAACAAAUGACUAAUACCAAUGAAAUCGACGAAUUAGCCUCCAAAUCUGAAGAGCAAAUACCCAUUUCCCAGACUCACGGUGGUGAAAAUGCCGAGGUUGGAGACACGAAAUGGUGUUCAAUUUGCAAUAAACAUGUUGCUAAUCUUAACAGACAUUCAGGCGUACAUUCGGGCGAGCGGCCUUUCGAGUGUGAUCACUGCGGUGUAGCGUUCACUUACUAUAGGAACCUAAGACGCCACUAUUUGCUCCAUUCAGAAGAACGACAACAUAAAUGUGAAAUUUGCGGCAAAAGUUAUGUAACUGCGAUGUCGCUCAGAUAUCACAGCCGUAUUCAUACUGGCACUAGGGACUUUCCUGGACCAAAUCCCGAUGCUGCGGAAAAACUACACCCAUGUACACAAUGUGAUAAAAUCUUUAAGACUUCAUACAAUCUUCGGCGGCAUUUUUCGUCCCAUAAAGGUGAUCUAGCUUACGAGUGCAAUAUUUGUAAUAAAACGUUUGUGACCGCAACGUUGCUUGAGAAUCAUUUGCGCAUCCACACUGGCGACCUGUUCAAAUGUGAAGUCUGCGGUAGAGAAUUCAAUAACAUUGAUAACUGGAUGCGUCACAUGGCCACGCAUAGUGAUACAGCGCAUACGUGCAACGUUUGUGGGAAAAUUCUCUCCGAUAAAUACACUUUGGAGAGGCACUUUGCUCGAUUUCACCCACUACAAAAGAAGGAAAGGUGUACAAUUUGCACUAAAGAAGUGUACAACCUUAAGCAUCAUGAAGCCGCUCACAAAAGCCUUUACAAGUGUGACCAGUGCGAUAGAGCGUUCACUUUCCGUAAAAGUCUUAAGCGUCACCUCUUGCUGCAUGAUGCAUACCUACGGCACAAGUGCGAGAUUUGCGACAAAAGUUAUGCAACUGCAGACUCACUCAGGUACCACUUCAUGACCCAUAUAGACAAUCCGAUUCGAGAAGGUACUACGUCUAAAUCGAGCGAGUUACCUCCGGAAAUUUCCUCGGAAAGUACUAUUUAUGUGGACGAAAAUGGGUCACUAAUGAAUAUGAUCAGGGGUGAGCUCGACGCCGAACAGACUGUAAAAGUUGAGAAUCAAGACGUAAAUUUAGAAGAUAUUAUUCAUCUAACAGAUGUAAGUGACAGAGGGGUUGAGUUUGAAAUAGCUGCCUACAACGAUGAUACUGUGGGAGAGGAUGGACCGCAGCAUGAAAGUGAACGUAACGCUUUCAAUGAUUCACGCGCCGGUAUAAUCGAGAAUGAAAUGGUACAUGAAGAGCAACAGAUUGUGAAACUUGAAGAACAGGAGCUGAUCGUGGAGGAAAAUGUUUCUAUGGUGACAGAUCCAGAGGGCACAGUCGAUGAUAUGACAGGAGUGGGUGAAAACAACAAACCAAGAAGUAAACGUAAUCGCAAAAAUAAACUUAACCCUCCAACAUGUGGGCAGUGUUCCCUAACCUUUGUUAACAACUAUAGUCUUCGACGGCACAUUUCUACGAAGCAUAUCAACAAAACCACUAGACGCAGACCAGAGGAUAUUUACGAGUGUGACAAAUGCGAUAGAGCGCUCUCCACACGUGCCAGCUUCAAACGUCACUAUUUGACUCACGACAUCGUACGACCGUAUGCGUGUGAGAUAUGCGACAAAAGUUAUACGACUGCAUGGACACUCAAGAACCACCUCCAGUCUCAUAUGGUUAAUCAGGAGCAAGAAGGCAGCUAUGAGCUAGAAGCAACAGAUGUCGAACCCUUACAGAGUACCAAUGAUGUAGAUGAUAAUGUUCCACUUGUGCAUAUGAUUAAAAAGGAAAUCGUUUCGGAAGAAACUUAUUACGCACAGACCGCGCAACUUGAACAGGAAGAGCUGAAUGUAGAAGAUAUUCAUGUAGCUGACAUAGAGUACAAAAGUGACACGUAUGCAGAUGGUAUAACAAUCGGUCAGUUUAUGAUUGUAAACGACGAAGGUAACAGAGAGCAGACCAAUGCAAACAGUGUCGACAAAAGAGUGGGAGAAAAUGAGCACGACAAUCGACCAGGGCAUAUUGAAGGCAUCGAUGAAGAAGCUGCUACGAGUUUUAUUCUUCAACGACAUUUUUUAGGAGUACAUAUCAACAGAAAAGCUGAUAAACGUGAACGCUCAAUCCUACGCCCUUACAAGUGUGACCAGUGCGAUAGAACGUUCACACGAAAAUUCAGCGUCAAACGCCACAUUGAAGUAGUACAUUCUGACAGUCGUGACCAUAAAUGCACGAUAUGUGGCCACACUUUUACUGCUGCACCGGAUCUCCAAUCGCACUUCCUGGCUCAUAUUGAAAAUCGAGAGGAAGUAAGCAGGUACGAGCGCAAGGCAACCGAUGUCGAGCCCUCUAAACGUACUACUAUGGUUGUUAGUGAGAAUGUUUCACUUGUGGAUGUGAUCAAAAACGAAAUCGUUUUAGAAGAAAAUAAUGGCGACAACAGUUACAAGAAUACUGAAGAUACGACAACUGUAAACGACGACGAUAACGCAGAGCCGACUAAUGCACAAGAUAUCAACAAAACAGUAGGAGUAUACCAGCUUGGUCAUGAAUGUUCACAAUGUGAUAAAACCUUUGCCUCUCCGUUCACUCUUCGUCGGCAUCGUUUACUGCUUCACGGCAGCAGAGCUACAAACUACACAUGCAGACAUGCAUCCACCUUGAUUUCAAGCACUUGUGCCCAAUGUCCUUACAGGUGUGACCAAUGCGGUAGAGCGUUCGACUUGCGUAGAAGCCUGAGAAGGCAUUAUUUUCUUCAUUUCGCCAAACUACUGUAUCAAUGCAAGAUAUGCAACAAGAGUCAUACGUCUGCAGCUGCACUCAGGUUACACAACUGGUCCCACGCUGGUUAUCAAGGGAAACGAAGAGGCAGACCAAGGCACGUUGAUCGUGAUAAGUUUAAUAGCAAACUUCAUUCAAACAUAAUUUUCGAGCGUGAUAGUAAAUGCCCAUACAAGUGUGGCCGGUGCAAUAAGUCUUUUGCACAUUAUUCCAGCGUCAAGCGACAUCUUUCAUUGUAUUGCCCCUUGCGAGAGCAUAAAUGUACGAUAUGUGGCCAAAGUUUUACGACUGCGUCGUUUCUCAAGGUGCAUUUCCUGUCUCACACUGAAAAUCAAGAUCAAGUAGGCGACGAUGAGCGUGAGGCAACAGAUGUCAAUGAGAGUGUUCCACUUGUGGAUAUAAUCAAGAACGAAAUCGUUUCGGAAGAAAAUUAUUGCGCACAAUCUGUGCAAGUUGCAAAUGAAGAGUCGAAUAUAGAAGUUGAUAUAAGAGACAACUGUUACAAGAAUGCUGAAGAUACGACAACCGGUCAGACUACGAUUGUAAACGACGACGGUAACGCGGAGCCGACCAAUGCAAACGAUAUUGACGAAACGUUAAAAGAUUAUGAACGUGAACAUAAAUGUUCAGAGUGUGAUAAAACCUUUGCCUCUUCGUUCACUCUUCGUCGGCAUCGAUUACUGCUCCACGGCGGCAAAACAAACUACACAUGCAGACAUGCAGCGACCUUGGGUUCAGGCACUUGUGACCAAUGUCCUUACAGGUGUGACCAAUGCGGUAGAGCGUUUGCAUUGCGUAACAGCCUGAGAGGGCAUUAUUCUCGUCAUUUCACCAAACGACUGCACCAAUGCAAGAAAUGCAACACGAGUUAUAGGUCCUCGACUGCACUCAGGUUACACAUCCGGUCCCACGCUGGUAAAGGAAAACGAAGGCGGAUUGAUCUUCAUUCAAACAUAACUGUCGAUUAUGAUAGUAAAUAUCCAUACAAGUGUGACAAGUGCAAUAAGUCUUUCACACAUUAUUCCAGCGUCAAACGACACCUUUCACUAUAUUGCAUCUUCCGAGACCAAAAAUGUACGAUAUGUGGUCAAAACUAUACGACUGCGUCGUCUCUCAAGUUACAUUUCCUGUCUCACACUGAAAAUCAAGAUCAAGUAGGCAGCGAUGAGCGUGAGGCAACAGAUUUCGAGCCCUCUCAAAGUACUACUAAUGAUGCUGAUGAGAAUGUUCCACUUGUAGAUAUAAUCAAAAACGAAAUCCCUUCGGGAAAAAAUUAUUACGCACAAUCUGUGCAAGUUGCAAACCAAGAUUCGAAUGUAGAAGCUGUGACUACCCUUUUUCGUCAAAGGCGUAAUUUCUCAGUUGAUGUCAGCAAAACAGUCCUGAGAUGCAAACAUGUAACCACCCUGACAUUCGGCACAUGUGACCAAUGUCCUCACAAAUGUGACCAAUGCGGAAAAGCGUUCGCAGCGGGUAGCAGCUUGAGAAGUCAUUAUUUACACCAUUACUCCAAUAGAAAACAUCAAUGCGACAUAUGCGACAAGAAACAUACGUCAGCACGGGCACUCAGGUUACACAUCCGGUCUCACUAUGUGCACCGUUAUAGACGUAAAAAACGCACUUACAACUGCGACAAGUGUGGGAAAAUUUUCACAAGACGGGCAAACGUCAAACGUCAUCUUUUGCUGUAUUGCAACUCUCGAUAUCAUAAAUGCACGAACUGCGACAAAAGUUUUAUUUCUGCAUCAUCCCUAGAGUUGCACUUCCGGUCUCACGUUGAAAAUCAGCAGCAGGAUGGCAACGAUGUCGGGCAGUCUGAGAGUACUACUAUUGGUGAAGUAGAAAAAGUUGCACUUGACGAUAUGAUCGGAAAAGAAAACGUUGCGGAAGAAUACUAUAGUGGACAAUCUGUGCAACCUUCAAAUCUAGAGCUGGAUAGAAAAGAUAUUUUCGUAGCUGAUAUAAAGGACGAAAAUGACAAGAAUGAAGAAGGUACGACAACUGGCCAGAUUAUGAUUGUCAACAACAAAGGUAACACGAAGCCGACCAAUGCAAAUGAUACCUACGAGAUCGUAGGAAAAUAUGUGCAGGAUAAUGGUGUUAAAGGCAGCAAUUUCACAUGUUCAAAAUGUGAUCAACACUUUAUUUCUAUGUAUAGCCUGCGUCGACACCAUUUGUUGCUUCAUGGCAACAGUACAGCCUACAAAUGCAGGCAUGUGGCCAGCCUGGCAUUUGGCACUUGUGCACAAUGUCCUUACAAAUGUGACCAAUGCGGCAGAGCGUUCGAAUUGCGUAACAGCUUGAGAAGUCAUUAUUAUCGUCAUUUUGCCAAACGACCGCACCAGUGCAAGAUAUGCGAUAAGAGUCAUACAUCCGCAUCGGCACUCAGGUUGCACUUCGAGUCUCACGCUGUCCAACGGAAACGAAGAGGAAGACCGACGCGCACUAAAAAUGCUAUUAAACCCACCCACAAGUGUGACCAGUGUGGUAAAGCUUUCACACGACGUGAAAGCGUUAAACGCCAUCUUCUACUGCAUUGCAGUGCUCGAGACCAUGAAUCUCUGAAAUUGCGCCUCCAGUCCUACAUGGGAAAUCAGCAACAAGAAGAACGCGAGGCAACCGUUGUCGAGCCCUCUGUAAGUACUACUAUCGAGAAGGAAGAAAUCUAUUGCGCACAAACUGUGCAACCUUCAAAUGCAGAGCUGGAUAUAAAAGAUAUUCACGUAGCUGAAGACACCGAUGAGCACGAGGUAACCGUUGUCGAGCCAUCUAAGAUUACUACUAUCGAAAAGGAAAUUGUUGCAGAAGGAUACUGUUGCGCACAAACUGUGCAACCUACAAAAACAGAGCUGGAUAUGAAAGAUGUUCACGUAGUUGAAGACACCGAUGAGCGCGGGGCAACCGUUGUCGAACCCUCUGAGAGUAAUUCGAUCGAAAAGGAGAUUGUUGCGGAAGAAAUCUAUUGUGCACAAACUGUGCAACCUUCAAAUGCAGAGCUGAAUAUACAAGAUUUUCACGUAACUAAAGACACCGAUGAGCGCAAGGCAGCCGUUGUCGAGCCCUCUGAGAGUACUACUAUCGAAAAGAAAAUUGUUGCAGAAGAAUACUAUUGCGCACAAACUGUGCAAGUUACAAAUGCAGAGCUGGAUAUAAAAGAUAUUCACGUAGUUGAUAAGAAUGCAGAAGAUACGACAACUGGCCAGAUUCUGAUUAUAAACGACGAAGAACCAGAACAUACGCAAAACAAUGAUGGUAGACCUAGUCUUAAAUGUUUAAAAUGUGACAAACUCUUUGUUUCUACUUUUAACCUGCGUCGACACCAUUUGUUACUCCAUGAAAGUAAACCAUUUUACAGAUGCAGGCAUGCACUCGGCACUUGUGACCGAUGUCCUUACAAAUGUGACCAAUGCGAUAGAGCUUUCGCAUCGCAUACUAGCCUGGAAUACCACUAUUCACGUCAUUCUAGGACCCAAGGACUGCACCGAUGUGAGAUAUGCGACAAGAAUCACAUGUCCGUAUCGGCACUUAGGUUGCACUUGAGAACUCACGUUAUUCAACCGAAACGAAGAGCAAGGGAUGGUGAUAAAUCUAACGUCAAACGUGAACGUCCCAAGUGUCCCAAGUGUGAUAUAGCUUUCACACGACGUGAAAGUGUCAAACGCCACCUCAAGCUGCAUUGUGACUCUCGCGACCUUAAAUGCACGAUAUGCGACAAAAGUUUUAUUACUGAAUCGUCUCUAGAUUUGCACUACUACCGAUCUCACCCUGAAGAUCAGGAGCAAGAGGGUAGCUAUGAGCGCGUGGCAACAGAUGUGGAGCCCUCUGAGAGUGCUACUAUUGGUAAUGGAAAAAACGUUCCACUUGCAGAUAUGAUCGAAAAGGAAAUCGUCGCAGAAGAAUACUAUUGCACACAAACUCAGCAAUUUUCAAAUGCAGAACUGGGUAUAAAAGAUAUCCACGCAGCUGAUAUAGAAGACAAGAGUGACAAGAAUACAGAAGGUGGCCAGAUUAUGAUGGUAACCGAGAAAACAGACAAGAAUGAAAAAGUUACGACAACUGGCCAGAUUAUGAUAGUCAACAACGAAGGUAACACGAAGCCGACCAAUGAAAACGAUACCGAUAGAACGGUGAGAGGCGGUAAACGUGUUCUGAAAUGUUUUGAAUGCGAUAAAACCUUUGCCUCUGCGUAUACUCUUAAUCGACAUCGUUUGCUGCUUCAUGAAAGCAGAACAAACUACACGUGUAGGCAUGUACCUGCCACGGCAUUCGGCCACUGUGACCAAUGCCCUUACAAAUGUGACCAAUGCGGUAGAGCGUUCGCAUUGUGUAGCAGUCUGAAAAAUCAUUAUUUAUGUCAUUUCACGAAAGAACGACAUCAAUGUGAGAUAUGCGACAAGAGUCAUUCGUCCGCAUCGGACCUCAGGGUGCACUUCCGUUCUCACGAUGUCCAACGGAAACGAGUAGGCAGACCAAAGCGUAUUGAUCGUGACACGUCCAGUGGCGAGCUUCAUUCAAACGAUUCAAACAUAAUCUUUGAGCAGGGUAGUGAACGCCCGUACAAGUGUAAUUACUGCAACAAGUCUUUUACACGACGUACCAGCGUCCAACGCCACCUUUUACUGCAUUGCGACGCUCGAGACCGUAAAUGCACGAUAUGUGACAGAAGUUUUAUGUCUGCGACGUCUCUUAGGUUGCAUUUACGAUCUCACAGUGGAAAUCAGCAGCAAGAAGACGGCGAUGAGCUCGAGGCAACAGAUGUUGAGCCCUCUGAGAGUAGUAUUAGUGAAAAAGCUGAUGAUCCACAUGUGGAUAUAAUCCAAAGGGAAAUCGUUGCGGAAGAAUACCCUUACGAACAAAAUGUGCAACCUGCAAAUGAAGAGUUGGAUAUAAAGGACGAAAAAAACAAGACUGCAGAGGAUAUGACAACUGGUCAGCUGACCAAUUCAAACAGUACAAUACAAUAUGAGCAAGAUAAUAGUGGUGAAGGCGAAGGUUUCAAAUGCCUUACAUGUGGUAACACGUUCGUUUCUACAGAUACUCUUCGUCAGCAUCAUUUGAUGGUCCACGGCAGUGAAAUAUCCUACAAUUGCAUGCAUGUAAAUCCGGCGACAUUUGGCACUUGUGACCAAUGUCCUUACAAAUGUGAUCAAUGCGGUAGAGCGUUCCCGUUGCGUAGCAGCCUGAAAACUCAUUAUUCAACUCAUUUCACCGAAAUACGACAUCAAUGCGAGAUAUGCGACGAGAGGCAUACAUCCGCAGCGGCACUCAAGUUGCACUUUCUUUCUCACGCUAUCCAUCAGCGACGAAAGGGAAGACCAAGGAACAAUUAUAAAUGUACAAAAUGUACUAGAACUUUUGCUUCAAAGAAAGGCCUUCGACACCAUCUCUUUACAUUUCAUAUCAAUGAAAGAAAUUCUGUCCAGCGGUCUUACAAGUGUGACCAGUGCGAUGAGGCUUUUACACAACAUCAAACGUUGCUGAGGCAUUAUUCACGCAGCCAUACUGACAAUCCGAAGAAGUGUGACAUCUGCCACAAAGAGUUCAACCUACUAUCUGAACUGAAAAGUCACCUAACAACACACGGCGGAAAUCUACUAAUUUGCAAUACCUGUGGAAAAACCUUCUCAAAGCAUCAUGCUCUGCAGAAGCACCUUGCUUUUUAUCACUCGAUCAAAACCAAGAGACCAAGGAAACAAUGCAACAUCUGCAACCAAUUUGUCACUAACCUCAGCAGUCAUCUUGCCACACACUCUGGCGAACAGCCUCACGUUUGUGGCGUGUGCGGUAAAAAAUUCACCUUUCAUCAAAGUCUUCGACGUCACUCCUUGCUGCAUUUAAGCGAACGACCACAUAAAUGUGAGAUAUGUGGUAAAGGUUUCAUCACCGUAACCGGUCUAAAAUACCAUUUCCGCAUUCACACUGGCGAGCAGUUGACGUGCGAUAUUUGUGGCCGAGGAUUGGCUACGGCUUCUGACCUGAAACGCCAUAUGGCCACCCAUGAAGCACCGAAAUUUGACUGUAAAGUUUGUUAUAUUAAGUUCCGUACGAGUUACGGAGUGCUAGCGCAUACUUGCAGAGGAACCCAAACUAGCAGAAACGAGUCAACAAUAGCCACUAGUGAAUGUUCACGAGACACGGUAGAGGGAAUUACGCUAGAUGAAGGCGUCACUGAUCAACAGGUUAUACCUGCCGGUUCCGAGUCCCGUCCGGAGGAGAUUGGAUCCUUAAAGCCUAAUGAGAACGUCGUGAACAAUGUUUUCAAAACCCUCUAAAUCUUUAAUCAGGGUCAACGUAAUGUGAAUAAGUCUAGUAGGAUUAAGAGAUUGUUGCAGCAGAACUGGAAUUUACUGAGUAACUUCGCUCAAAUAAUACGUUUCCAGGGCCACCACAGAUUCAGCAGUCUCCAGGAAGUUCAUAAAUAUCAAGAGAGAAAAUUUGCUUAGAGAUAAAGAGCAAGUUUGAAACUGCUUCCAACUUAUAGUAUUGUCCUUAUUAAACUAAAAUAUUAAGUGAUGAUAAACCCAUAAAAAUAUCUCAAAA